UUAUCUUGUCUUUGCAGCAGCUGAGUUCAAGCCUCAAGUGGAAAGCACAUCGACUUCAAAGGCAGAGGGAAUCAAAGGUGCUCCCUGGCUUUGGAUACUUCCUCUGCUUGAGAUGUGUACAAAGAUGGUCCAAGUCCUCUGGGGAUGUUUCCUCCUGUGGAAUCUCUACAUCUCAUCCGCUCAGACCAUUUACCCUGGAAUCAAGGCGAGGGCUACUCAGAGAGCUCUGGACUAUGGCAUUCAAGCUGGGGUGGAGAUGAUUGAGCAAAUGGUCAAGGAAAGAAACAUCCCAGAUUUAAAAGGUUCUGAAUCUCCUAAAUUUCUGAAAAUUGAUUAUAUGAACUACAAGCUUAUAAACAUAAAAAUCAAUGCCUUUUCACUUCCAAAUACUUCACUAGCCUUUGUGCCUGGGGUGGGAAUCAGGGCCCUGAUCAAGCACGGCACUGCCAACAUCAGCACAGACUGGGAAAUCAAGUCUCCACUUUUCCAAGACACAGGAGGAGCUAACUUGCUUCUCUCUGGGGUCUACUUCACCGGUAUACUUGUCCUGGCCCGGAAUGACUUUGGUCACCCAAUCCUGAAGCUCCAAGACUGCAAUGCCCAAGUGAGCCGCAAUGACAUCUCGUUUUCUGGAGAGCUCAGUGUCCUGUAUAACUCCUUUGCUGAGCCCAUGGAGAAACCCAUUUUAAAGAACUUAAAUAAAAUGCUCUGUCCCAUUAUCACAAGUGAGGUGGAGGCACUGAAUGCCAACCUCAGCAUGCUGGAGGUUUUAAGAAGCGUUGACAACUAUACCCUGCUGGAUUAUUCCCUAAUCAGUUCUCCAGAAAUUACUGAGAAUUACAUUGAUCUGAAUUUGAAGGGCGUAUUCUACCCCCUGGAAAACCUCACAGAUCCCCCCUUCUCAUCAGUUCCUUUUGUGCUCCCGGAACACAAUGACUCUAUGAUCUACAUUGGAAUCUCCGAGUAUUUCUUUAAAUCUGCGUCCUAUGCUUAUUUUACAGCUGGGGCUUUCAACGUCACUCUCACCACAAAAAAGAUUUUCAACCAUUUGAUUCGCAACUCUCAAGGCCUUGGCAACAUGCUCUCCUGGAUUGCAGAGCUGUACAUCUUGUCCCAGCCCUUCAUGGUACAGGUCUUGGCAAGAGAGCCUCCCGUGGUCAAUUUAUUACCGGGUAACUUCACCCUAGACAUCCCUGCCUCCUUCGUGAUACUCACCCAGUCCAAGAACUCGACUGCGGAAACCGUCAUUUCCAUGGACUUUGUUGCUAGUACCAAUGUUGCCCUGGCUAUUUUGGGACAAAGAUUGAUCUGCUCUUUAUCUCUGAACAGAUUCCGCCUCUCUUUGCCAGAGUCCAUUCGCAGCAAUAUUGAGGUCUUCAGGUUUGAGAAUAUUCUGUCUUCCAUUCUCCACUUCGGAGUCCUCCCACUGGCCAAUGCAAAAUUGCAGCAAGGAUUUCCUCUGCCCAAUCCACACAAAAUCUCACUCGUCAAUUCAGAUAUUGAAGUUCUUGAGGGUUUCCUUUUGAUUUCCACUGACCUGAAGUAUAAAACGUCCUUAAAGCAGCAGUCAAGUUUCCAUGGUUGGGAAGCUCUGAACCUGAUAAGUGGACGGUGGAGGGGGAAGCCAGCCCCUUGGUUGCCUGUUUGGAGUCCACUCCAGGAAGUAAAUCGCCCUUAAUCCCACAGCUCCUGUAAAGCCAGAGCGGGAAGAUGGUACACACAGGAAUUGUAAAGCCAUUGUGAAUUGCUGGAAGUUUUCUUUUUCAAGCCCUCAUGGAUGUAGAGGGAGGCAAACUGGGUGAAAGGGCUCAGUCAGGAUGUGUGUGUUCCCAUGUGUGUGGAGGGGUAUAUGUUUGAAUGUGUGUUCGUGUUUGAGUGCAUGUUGUAUGUUCCUGUGUCUGUGAGAUUCUGGGGCCAAGAGUGAGGCAUGUACUUCUAAGGAGGUGCAUGAGAAACUCUCAAGUACAGAUUUGCAUCAGUUGUUAUCAGCGGAGAUCCCUUCAGCCCCUUCAGCUCUCUAAGGUUCCCCCCUCCCUGCAUAUUGGAUUUUAUGUUUUAUAUUUACUGUUACUGUCCCCUGUAUUUAAUUAAAAUUGUUGACUAUCAAUGUCAA